AUGGAUGAAACGAAAUUAACAAAUUUUUUUAAUCAAUCGCCACAAUUACCAUUUUCGUGGCAGGUUCGUCCUGGUACCACUGUACUUUGUCUUAAUUGUCAUGGAAAUCGAUUAAUUGCAGCUGGACAACAAAGUUUUCAAUUACUUGCUAUUGAACCAUAUGAGAAAACUGAACGCUUCAGUGAACUCUAUGAUUUUCGUAAUGCACCAAGACAAGCGCAAGCACGUGCAGCAUUGCAACCGACAGAUAUUGGAUGGAGUCCAAUUGAUGAACAUCUCUUUGCAUCGGCUAGUACGACUGGUCUUUUAAAUAUUUGGGAUGCCAAUCAAUUAGUAAUGAUUGGACAAUUUAAAAUUCAUAAUGCAACUAUUAAUCGUCUUCAAUUUCAUCCAUCAAAUCCUAAAUUAUUAUUAACAGCAUCACAAGAUGGAUAUGCAAAGUUGAUUGAUUUUCGAACAUUUAAUACAAAUAAAGUUGUUGCAUCAUUUCGUCAUGUUAGCGAAGAUGGAUUUCGUGAUAUACAUAUUAAUCCUAUUAAUACGAAUUUAUUUGCUGCUGCAUUGAACGAUCAAUGUAUCGUACCACUUUGGGAUAUACGACGAAUUGAGUCUCCUGCCAUGGUUUUAACAACAGCCGAUAGAACAUUGUGUCUUGCAUGGAAUCCGAAUGAACCUUAUUGGCUUGCUACAGGAGGUCGAGAUCGAACUAUACGAAUUUGGAAUGCACAAGAUAGUAAUAGUCGACAAGAACCUCUAUUUAAAGUGCAGUCAUUUGGCACGGUGGCUAAACUUAGUUGGCGACCAACAUGCCGUUAUCAUGUAGCAUGUUCAACACUUUCAGUAGAUCCAAGGAUUCAUGUUUGGGAUGUUAGACGUGCUUAUUUACCACAAGCAUCAUUUUGUCAUCAUCAAAACAGUAUCGGUGAUUUUUCAUGGCGUCCAAAUUCUGAUAAUCUAGUCUCUGUUGGUCGAGACGAGCGUGUAGUGCAUGCUAACAUCUCAAGUGCAAUAAAAACUGAUAAUUUCGUAUCUUUAUUUUCAUUGAGUGUUACAUCGAAAGGACAUGUCUAUGCGACAAUGCCAAAUAGAAAUAAUGAGUAUCUAACCGCAUUAUAUGCUGAACGACAUAUUCCAUCAUCUUUUACAAGUUUAAAAAAGUGUUUUUCUGAAGAAGUUAUGUCAAAAUUUUCAAAGCUUAAUGAACCAAUUCAUGGAAAAUCUAUUAUUGGUAUGUAUGCGAACCCUUCAGCAGAUAAUUCGGUCGAAUUAUUUCAUCAAUUUGCACGUCGAUGGACAUUUGACAAUGGCAAUAAACCAGUUGAAAAUCUAGCUAAUAUUUGUGAUAUAAAUAGUUGUGUAGCCGAAGAAUUAAAAAGGCCAGAUUUAAAAGCUACAUGGCAAGUUAUUAAAAUGAUCUAUGCAGAUUAUAAUAGUUUACAAAAUUAUCGAAUGAGCUCAGCAAGAAAUACACACUCAGGAACGAAAAACUAUCAAAUAAGUGAUUCAACAAAUGGUCCUAGACAUCAUCAUCAGCACUAUAAUCAUUAUCAACAAGGAGGUGGAAAAGGAAAAAAUCUUGAUUUAAUACAACAAGACAAUGAAUUAAACGAUGAAGUCAACGGAAGAAAGAGAGCGAAAUCACAAGAACAAAUUAUUCCACCUAAUCCACAAAUGGAUAUAAUCGAUGAUGUUGAUACAUAUAUUGUACGAGAUGUGCUACCAGAUGAUAUUAUCUUUAUUACACCAGACGAUGCAUUAAAUAAUACCAGUAAUUAUGAUAUGUUAUAUGAUAAUGAGCCCGAUAUUUACGUAAUGCGUGAUGGAAUACCCAUGGCGUCAAAUGGAACACCUUCAGUGAUACAUGUUGAUAGUGACAUCAAUGGUUUUUCUACGGAUCGAUUAUCUCGUCAGCUUCCAGAAAUGAUGAUUGAUAUAAACCAAUUUGAACCUGUAGAUGAUUAUGAUUGUCCCGAUGGUCAUAUGCAGUCAUCUACGCAUUCGCUUCUACCAGAUGGUUCAGAUAAAUUUUUUACAAUUGAUGAAAGUUAUUGUCCAACGAUGCAAAAUCAUCCUUUAGUUUUUGAUGAUAUUUUGCGAAAAACUAUUCAGUAUUAUGUUGAAAAUAAUGAACUUCAGGUAGCCGUUCAUCUUUUACUCGCACUUUAUCCAAUACUUAGUGAAAGUAAAAUUAUUGAAUUAUUUCAUGGUGCUCAUUUUGAAUGGCUUGGAAUGUACAUUGAAAUAUUGCAGAAGCUGCGUUUAUUUGUAAAAGCUAAACAAGUAACAAAGCACUGUAUAGAAAAAGAAAAAAUACCGCUUAAUUAUGAUCCAAGUGUAUUCGAUGGUGCAAUCAUUCUUUCAGCGCAAUCACCAACUGUUAAACGCCUUCCAAAUAUCACUGGUGCUUCUUCGAUGAAUUCUGCUAAUAAAAAUCUUCCACCGCCUCCAAAAGAUUUUCUGUGCUCAUUUUGUCGAAUACCAUGUCGUGGCAUAUUUUCAUUUUGUGGUGUGUGCUUUCAUGGUGGUCAUAUUGAUCAUAUUCGAACAUGGUUCUAUACGCAUAAUGAGUGUCCAUAUGGUUGCGGUCAUCAAUGCAAAAAGCGUGACAUUCAAAGUCAUCCACCACGUGUUAUGUCGCAACGCUUUUCUUUGAAUUCAUAG